CGCACGCACCGCCAAACCCAUCUUCCCUCGCACCUUCCCUUUCGCCCACCUCUUCUCUUUAAGAACACCUCAGUCACUCCCUGCCCCCUCGACACCAGCCGCCACCUCGUCGCGAUCGUCUUCACACUCUCACGCCCUCGCCUCAGCUUCCUCUCCGCCUCGUCUUCACACUCUCACGAUGGUCAAGAAGCUCGCGCUCACCUCCCUCUUCUUCAACACCAGCGAGACGACAAUUUCCUCUUCCACCUCCAUGUCCGCCGCCUCCUUCAGCACGGCGGCGUCGUGGCAGUGGCCGUCUUGCACGCAGGCAAAGACGCUCUCCUUCCGGCGCGACAGCCCGGGGAUGGUGUCCAUGCGCCAGGACAGCAACAAGCACGAGGAGGAGUACAAGACGACCCUGAACCCGGCCUACGCCCUCGAUUACCCGUACCCGGCCGCCGCCGACUGCAGUAGCUACUCCAGCCUCUCCGACUCCUCCGCGACCCUCCUCUCCACGGCGCCGGAGCCGGUGAAACCAGCCGCCGUCUCGGACGCGGACGAGCUCAUCAUCCACGGCCUCCGGUCCAACAGCAGGCUCUUCUUCGAGCCCGAGUCCACGAGCUCCAUCGUGAAGAAGCAACGGGGGGCGGCGGCGUUCGACGGGGCCACGGUGCUGGCCAUCGAGUCCGCCGACCCGUACGGCGACUUCCGGCGGUCCAUGGAGGAGAUGGUGCUGAGCCACGGCGUCAGCGACUGGGUCUGGCUGGAGGAGAUGCUGGGCUGGUACCUCAGGGCCAACGGCAAGAAGACGCACGGCCUCAUCGUGGGCGCCUUCGUGGACCUGCUCGUGGCGCUCGCCUCCUCCUCGUCCUCGGCUCCCUCCCCUGCCUGCUCCUCCGGCUUCAGGCUGCGGACUGCAGAGUCGUAUUCAUCAGCCUGCAAAGAAAGGCAAACUGCUCGAUCUGGGUAGACCAAUGCGUGUAUGCAACUGAUUUGGUUUGUGCCAUGACAGCACCAAAUUAAUGGUGCUUGUUAAUUGAUAUCAGUCUUGCGAGUUUGAUUGGUCCUGCGGUCCUGUCCUGCCCUGCGUGGUGGUAGUGCAGAUGUAGCUGUUGACUGCUGCUGUAUUGUAUGAUUGUGUGUGUAUUGGUAGCGGUUGAGAGAGAGCUUAGUUUCAGCUGUGGUCGCCCUUGUCGAUGUUGAUACAAUCCGAGAAUCUCUGAUCAUGUGGCUGGUCGUUGCCCA